CCAAUCAGAGAACGUAUACGUUCUCUGGAGCCAGUGCGAAUUCGACAAUAAGCUAGCAGCAACAGCAGUGAAGUGAAAAAAUUAUUUAAUACAUGCAAUUUAGCAAUAAUUCAUGUGUACAAUGUGCAAAAAGAGUGUAUAAUGUUUUAUAGUAGUGCGUAAGCGUCGCGUCGGUAUGUCUCGUGUGUAUUUGAAUGCUUUAAGUACGUGUGCAACAACAAAAUAUUUGUGUACAAAUAAACAAAACGACCUGUGAAAAUAUCGCCCACGCCUUCCUUCCGCUGACCAUAGUCACAAUUCACCGUCGCAUUGACAGUAGCAGCCACAAGCGCAGUGAAAGCAGUUGAAAAUAUUGAAAGUUACAAAUAGCGUAGCACAUUUUAAUUGGAUCACGGCGACAUUAAAAACGCCCACGUCUUCGGAGGUCAUCAGCGUCACCGGCGCAAUGCCACUGGCCGAUUUGAAUAAGGAUUUGCGCCAACAGCAUCAGCUAGGCGUGGGUAUUGGUCUCGGAAACGUUGCCCACCUGGAUAAUGCUAAUGGCGCCAUGGGCCAGCAGCAGCUGCGUCAGCGUAUGCAGAUCACUUCGUCCGGUUGUAGUAGUCUGGCCGUGACACCGAUGGAGCACACACCCACUGAUGAAGAAAGUGGUGGUGUGACCACCGUGACGUCAUCCCAACGCAGACAGCAGGCACAACAACAGCAACAACAUUUGCAACAGGUGCAGCAAACGGCAUUACAGGCUGCAUUGGAACAACAUCACAUCAGCUCCGUAACCGCGGAUACGACUGAACUGAUGGAUUUAAGUGAUUCGGAAGGUUAUGCGCCCGCAGUAGCAGAUGGGGAGUUACGUGAAAAUGAGUUCGAGCUACGCGAAGUUGUAAAGGAAGGCCAUGACAAAGCCGAUCCCUCGCAAUUCGAACUGCUGCGUGUGCUGGGCGAAGGUAGCUUCGGUAAGGUGUUUUUAGUACGCAAGGUUAUUGGCAAGGAUGCGGGUACGCUGUACGCUAUGAAAGUGCUGAAAAAAGCCACGCUGAAGGUCAAGGACCGAGUGCGUAGUACAAACGAGCGUAAAAUUCUAGCCGACGUGGGGCAUGCGUUCAUCGUGAAACUGCACUACGCCUUCCAAACACCCGGUAAAUUGUAUUUGAUAUUGGAUUUUUUGCGCGGAGGAGAUCUUUUUACAAGAUUGUCCAAAGAGGUAAUGUUCACAGAGGAAGAUGUGAAAUUUUACCUAGCCGAAUUGGCUUUGGCGCUGAAUCACCUGCACACAUUAGGCAUAAUUUAUCGUGAUUUGAAACCGGAAAAUAUUUUGUUAGACGAACACGGGCACAUAGCGCUUACGGAUUUCGGCCUGUCGAAACAACCGUUAGAUGGCUCGAAAACCUAUAGUUUCUGUGGUACAGUGGAAUACAUGGCACCGGAAAUAGUGAAUCGAAAAGGACACGAUUUUGCAGCCGAUUGGUGGUCAUUUGGUGUAUUGAUGUAUGAAAUGUUGACGGGCAAUUUGCCGUUCCAUGGACAAACACGUCAGGAAACAAUGAAUCAAAUAUUGCGCUCGAAACUGGGCAUGCCUGAAAACUUAUCGCCCGAGGCGCAAUCGCUUUUGCGUGCACUCUUUAAACGUAAUCCACAAAAUCGGUUGGGCGCUGGCGAGAACGGUAUACUGGAUAUUAAGGCGCAUUGUUUCUUUUCUACAAUUGACUGGCUGAGUUUAGAGCGGAAAGAAGUACGUCCACCAUUCAUACCGGCGGUGUCGCGAGAUGAUGCAUUUUACUUCGACAUCGAGUAUACUUCUAAACCUCCACACGACUCCCCCGGUGGUCCAAUUUCGGCGUCGGCACACGAAAUCUUCCGUGGCUUUAGUUUUGUAGCGCCUGUGCUGCUGGAUCAAUCUUCAAACAAUUCCAGUCCACUCUCGCCUUUCGUGCCGCAUGCACAUACUCCGCAACGCACUCUGCCUGGUGUGCUGCCUGGCAACUUCCAUUCUGAAUACAACCUGCUGCAAGAGUUGGGUCGCGGUACAUUUUCCGUAUGCCGUUUGUGUGAACAUCGUUCGACAAAAAAACAUUUUGCUGUUAAAAUUAUUGAAAAAGCGGCCGCAGCCGCGUCGUCAACCUCCGCCGAUUGUUGGGAAGAGGUCGAGAUAAUGUUGCGUUACGGAAAUCAUCCAAACAUUGUGACUCUAUUCUCCGUGUAUGAGGAUGUAACGUCAGCGUAUUUAGUCAUGGAGUUGCUGAAGGGAGGGGAACUGCUCGAUCGCAUACUGGCAGUAGGACAAAUGUGCGAAAGUGAGGCCAGUGCGGUGCUGAGAACCGUAGUGUCAGCAGUGGCGUACCUACAUGAGCAUGGCGUAGUGCAUCGUGAUCUAAAACCAUCAAAUAUGAUUUAUGCCAGCAUGCGGCAGACGCCGGAGACGCUAAAACUGUGUGACCUAGGAUUUGCCAAGCAACUGCGUGCCGACAACGGUCUGCUAAUGACACCAUGCUACACAGCCAACUUUGUGGCGCCAGAAGUGCUGAAACGACAAGGCUACGACCUGGCCUGUGACAUCUGGUCAUUGGGAGUGCUGCUCUACAUAAUGCUCUCCGGCCGCACACCCUUCGCUUCAACGCCAAACGACUCACCUGAUGUGAUAUUAAAACGAAUAGGUUCCGGACAUGUGGAUUUCACCUCCAGUCGUUGGGCAAUGACCGGCCACGAAGUGAAAGAUCUACUGCGUCAGAUGCUGCACAUUGUGCCGGAAAAUCGACCGACAGCAGCACAAAUUCUGCAGCACCCGUGGCUGCGCGAACAGUCAGCGGGUUCAGUGCGCCUCACCGAGUACGCGAUAAUACCCACGCAAAUGUCAACCGCGGGCGUGAAUGCCACAGGUGAAGGUGGUGGCGGCGGCGGCGUAGGCUUGGCGCAACCAAACGCCAAUUCGGUGCGCGAGGCAACGGCGGCAUUACGCGGCGCAGUCGAUGCGACUUUUCGCGCAAUUGCAAUACCUCAAGCGGCCAAUGUGGGACCAGUGGAAUUGUCGAAAUUGGCGAAACGACGUGCCAAAGACCGAGCCAACUUGCACUCGUAAAUUUUUUAGUCGAAAUUUUAGUGAAUCAUGUUGUGUGGGGGCGGGGAGAGCAGGAGUGGGCUGGAUAAAACACAUUUAGUGUGCUAAAUGGAAAUUUGUUUACCAUAAAAGCAGAGAGCGUCAGUGCGUGUGUGGAAAAGCAAAUUGCCAUCAUUAUACUAUGGCACACAUUGUUAGCGUAUUUAUUAAUAAAACAUUUAGCUAGUGGUGAGGCGGGAAGGCGGGAAUAAUUAUAUUUUUAGGCGUUUUGUCAGCUUCCUACGCACGACUUCCAGCUCUUCAUACAAACAACCUCCCCACCUUUCCAACAAAAGGGGAUUGCGAGGUCAGCUGUUGUGUGUUCGUGUGUCGGUGCGCGUUUUUAAGAGCGACGAAAUUUAGCGAACAAGCUAAUUGUUUAUUUUUUUUUAAUAAUAAGUGUUGUUUGUAUGCGUUUAAAUUUUACAAACAUUUGUAAAUUAUAUAGACAAGAUAAACAUAAGAACGAGUAUAUUUUUUGCAUAACUACUUACUCAAAAAUAAUGGCCAAAGUUAUAAUGCUUAUCACAACUAACAAACAAACAAAAAGUAAAUAAUAAACAUUUACAAUAAAAACAUUGUAGACUCAUACACGCGGCAAACGCUGCACAAAGAUUCUAAAUAAGUAUUUUCUAAAACGAUUUCAACCACGUCUAGUGUUCGUAGCAGCGUAAAAUAGAUGCAUACAACUUCCUUAAAACCGAUUCCCAAAAAACUUCUCUUGCAAAUGCCAAAAUAUCAAAUUUUUAAGUGUGCACCUGCAGCACUAUUCGUUUGAAAUCAAAAUUUUGCACGAAUUUUACAGCGUAAUAAUUGACAGACAUAAAUUAUAUAAAAAAAAAAAUGAUUAAAUAUGCUAAAAUUGUAAAUUCCAUGCUUAAUUGUAGUGAAAUUUAAUUGUGAAAAAAAUACGAGAUUGUGAUUUGCCUUUGAGUAUAAGUAAACAAACAAUGCAUUAAAAACAGACAAACAAACAAAAUAGAUAAAUGUGAGGUUAGGUGUGGUGAAAUGCUGAAAAAUUAAUUGUUGAAAAUAAAAAUGGUAUGGAAAUAUUUUGGGCAGCUGGAAAGUGAUACUUGUAUUGUAUAAAAAAGCAAAUUUGAAAUACUUGUUGUUGUUGGGAGCACUUGUAAAAGUAUUUAACUAGUAAUGUAAGUAAUUAAUUAUGACAGCAUAGGCUCCCCGGUAUACUCCUGCCGUAUAUGCGUGCAUAAUAAUGAGUUGCUGAAAUCUCCUACUCAUCAACUGCGGUUUCUGUAUUUCCAAAGUCGUGAAUGUCGAAAAGUAGAAAAAAAUUCAAGCAUUGCUGCUGCAGAACGUAAACUAAAAAUCUAAAAGCAGUGAAGUUAGUAAAGUUUGCGCGAAAAUUUAUUGGCGUUUGAAUGCGUUUAAUUAGGAUAGUAACAGUUAUAGUUUUAGUGAAUUUAAAUUUGACAUUUUGUAACUCGGCUGUAAUUCGUAUACAUAUAAUCACAUUGUCGCUUCUAACUACCAACUUAUAUACACAAAUAUAUAUAUAAUUAAAUAUAUACAUAUUUAAGUAAAUGAUAGCUAACAUAUGGAAGUAAUGAAAGUUUGAUGUUAAUAGUAAUUGCUAGUGCAUACAUGCAUAGGUGUACAUAUGCAAAUGUGUAAAAAUUGGCCGAAUAAAUUUGCACAAAAAGCAACGUUAAAUAAAACGAAAAAGAAGUGGAAGACGUCGGUAUAGAAUUUUAACAAAUUAAACAUAUAUAUUAAAGAAAGUUCAAUUUAUUAAUUAUGAUAUGCAUAUUGCUAAGCAUAAAUACAUACAUACAUAACUACACAUAUACACACACAAAGUAAGCAUAAUAUACAUAAGCUAUAUAUAUACAAAUAUAUAUAUGGUAUGAUUAACUAAUAAAUGUACAUACAUAUAUUUAGAGAGAAUUUAUAUAAUUACCUAACACACACUUACCUUGGAAAUUAUGACGUAAUACUUGCAUAAAUACCUACAUACAUACAUAUAUACCUAAAACAUUUGUCGAAAUUUAUAAAAGUUGGGUUGUUGGGCAGUCUUUUAAGCUUCGCAACUUCUGUGUUAUAUAUAAAAUAAAAACAAAACUGUUGCAGUUUAUACAUAUAAACAAAUAUGUGAAAAUGUAUUUUGUGCAAAUGUAGACUAACACACACACAUACAUAUAUUUACAUAUACAUGCAUAUGCAUGCCUUUGGCAUAUGCAUUUAGUAGCUAUUGUUGAUAAUUGCAAAGAUUCAAAAACUAAAGUGUCUACAAAAAUUGAGAUUUUGAAACGAGCUAACUGCUGAACAAUUUGUAAAACAAAAACAAAAAAAUAAAUAUAUUUAAACGAGUAUAGGAAAUUCAGUGCCAUGAAAACGUGUCAAGCAAGCGGCCUAACAAGUGCGGCGAGUAAUUUCGUGCUUAAAGAAAAAUAUAUACAUAUAAACAAAUUAGUUGUAAACCCUCAGUGCUUGUGAGGCCGCCUGCAGCACAAACAUACAAAAUAAUUCGCAUAAAAUUUGCUGCAAAACAGUUUUGUUUCAUUUGUUAGAACGGUUUCCUUGAGAAUUUCUUCUGUUUUUUUCUAUUGCAUACUUUCACUUAAGCAGUGCGUCGCCUUAAACGCUUUCAUCAACAAUAUUAAAAAAUAAAAAACAAACAACUUGCCAAGUUAAAUAUUUUCAAUUCUCAAAAGCGGAAAUAAGAAAACAAUAAAAAAAACUAAUUUUUAAGCAUUAAAAGCUUGCUUUUUCUGGCACUGAUACGACAAUUACUUUGUCACCUACGCCUGUCAUUUAACUCAAAACGCAACCUAUGCGCACAAACAGUAACAAAAAAAAAAAAAAAAAAUAUUAAAUAAA